AUGAGAAGUAGCUUAUCAUACAUCAUUCUAUUAGAUAUUGUCGACCUUGUAGUAGAAACAGCUUCAUUAGAAACAUGCAGAAGCACUUCACAGGUUCCAGAAAGAUGGAUAACCGCAGUAAUACUCAAAUGUAUAGAACAAAAGAUACAAAUAAGAUCUCCACUCCUAGGAGUAAGAUAUGCGAUUUUCUCUGAUCCCUGUAAACCGCUACUUGCAAAGAUAUCUGAAUGUCUGCAAAUAGUUAACAUCCCCGAAUACAUUUUUCGAACCAUAGAUGAGAUGAAACAGGAGCCUUAUGCUUUCAUCGAGGUCGUGUGCAUUUCAUUGGGCUGUCUCUUAAUGCAGACCUUCCUAUUCAGGUCAUCCUGGACAAAUCUCAAGAGAAAGACCUUCCAUUUCUUUGCAUUCCUAGUGUUCUACAAAGAAUAUAGGAUGUCACUAGUACUCGGAGAAGGACUCCUCCUCGUUCUGGGCCUCUUAUCGUCAUGCAAGUAUGUUAAUUCUUUAUUCAAGCCCUACCUUAGCAAGAAUGACAAGGGAAGAACUGUACUAUCCCAUAUAUAUCUUCUAUCUGCUUGCAUAUAUCCAAGACUGUUCAUAAGACAUGUGGAAUAUGUCUCUGUUUUGGUUUCGAUCUGUUUCCAGGACUCUAUGGCCUCGAUCAUUGGGGAAUGGCUAGGGAAGACGGAGAAGUCUAUUCAGGGUUCAAUAGGAGGUACAGUGUCAGGAACGAUGGUUUAUUUCACUCUCUACAGAAAGAUCGAUAUGGUGCCAUUCUUCGUAUUCAUAGGGAUUACAGAGUAUCUUAUUCCAAUUAAUGAUAACGUAUCCAUCCCACUUUUUGCAGUUUUAUACUUUCAGAUAUUGAAGAGGUUCAACCCUAGCAACAACCUCUCUUGGGGUUGGGUUUCACUUCCUUCAGGUUCUCUUUCUUGA